ACAAUGAAAUUAAUCUAUUUUACUGGUUUCUAGUCUCAUUUUUACAACUCUUUUGUAUCCAUAAAGAGACAAUGGCCCUAGAUCAGUCAGGGCAAAAGAUUUAUCCAGGAGUGACAUCUCCCAUAAGUUUAGAUGGCCCCAAGCCUUUGGAUAUCAAGCUAUCUAACAAACUGGAAGAAGCUAUGAGACCAUAUGGAGUGUUUGAAAGUGAUGAAGAAUUAGCUCAUAGAAUGGAAGUACUGCACAAGAUCAAUACUAUGGUAAAGAAUUGGAUCAAAGAUGUCAGUCGCCAAAAAAAUAAUAUUCCAGAAGACAAGAUUGACUCUUUUGGUGGCAAAGUGUGUACAUUUGGUUCCUACAGACUAGGUGUUCAUACAAAAGGUGCUGAUAUAGAUACACUGUGUAUAGCGCCACGGCAUGUAGAAAGAUCAGAUUUCUUUUCUUCCUUCAAUGAAAUUCUUGCACAGCAACCAGAAGUGAAAGAUUUAAGAGCUAUAGAGGAAGCUUUUGUCCCUGUUAUAAAGAUGGAGUUUGAUGGAAUAGAGCUUGAUAUGACAUUUGCCAGAUUAGCUCUGCCACAGAUAGCUGAUGACAUUGAUUUAAGAAGUGAAGCCUUGUUAAAAAAUCUUAAUGAAAAAUGUGUUCGAAGUUUGAAUGGUUGUAGAGUGACAGAUGAAAUUUUACAUUUAGUUCCUGAUAAGGAUGCCUUCAGAAUGACAUUACGAGCCAUAAAAUUAUGGGCAAAAAAAAGAGGAAUAUACUCCAAUGUGUUAGGUUUCCUAGGUGGUGUAUCCUGGGCCAUGUUGGUAGCCAGAGUUUGUCAGCUCUAUCCAAAUGCAGCACCAGCAACUUUAAUACAUAAAUUUUUCAUGGUAUUUUCAAAGUGGGACUGGCCUCAACCUGUUCUGUUAAAACAGUUACUACAGGAAAACAAACUUGGUUUCCCUGUUUGGGAUCCUCGGGUAAAUCCAUCAGAUCGUUUUCAUCUAAUGCCAAUCAUCACACCAGCAUAUCCACAACAGAACUCUACAUUUAACGUUACCAUGUCAACACGAACAAUCAUGAUGGAAGAAUUUAUGAUAGGUUUAGAAGUAGUAAAUAAAAUAUAUACACCAGGAGACAGUUGGGAUAAAUUAUUUGAGCCAUCUGGAUUUUUCCAGAAGUACAAGCAUUAUAUUGUGGUAAUAGCUAGAGCAGAUGAAGAAAAGAAUUAUUUAGAAUGGCAUGGUUAUAUAGAAUCAAAGAUAAGACUUCUUGUUGGAAACUUGGAGAGAAAUAUGUUUAUAAAACUAGCCCAUGUAACACCGGAAUCUCUGGGACCAUUAACAGAAAGUGAGAAUCCAUAUAUAUGUAAAUGGUUUAUUGGACUUACGUUCGCUAAAGUAGAAAAUCAAAAUGUAGAUUUGACCUACGACAUACAGUCAUUCACAAAUGCAGUAUACAGACAAGCACUACACAUUAGAAUUUUAAAAGAAGAUAUGAAAGUGGAUAUUCAGCAUGUCAAACGGAAACAGUUAGAAAUGUUUGUUCCACAAUCAAUAUUACAGAGAUGCAAAGGAGCAGAGGUUAAAAGAAAAUCUGAAGGAAAAUCCAGUGCAGGCACUGGUAGUAAGAUCUCACAAGCAUUAACUCACAGUAAAUCAGAUACAGAUUUAAUACGCACAAGUAGCCAUGUCAUAAUAGACACAUCAGACGGAGAAUCAAGCCAUGAUGCUCCAAGUUGUGAAACGGAUACUAAAAAAAAAGUAAACGGAGAGUUACCACAUCCAUUAUCACCCACAUCAUCAGACAGUGCAAUGCAAAGUCCAUGUAGAAAGAGAGAGGGGUCUCCUUCAGGGGCAGAGAGUCCAGUUAAAAGGUCCAAAUCAGAAGAAGAAUCACAGAACAUGCUGGGUUCACCGAUGGUUGUAGAUCCACAGUCACAAAGUCCAAGUCGGAAAAGAGAAGGAUCACCAGUAAGGCCAGACAGUCCUGUUAAACGGACCAAAUCUGUAAAGGAUGUCCAAAGUUGUCAGCCUCCGAUUGAAAUAGGAUCACCAAUGCAUAUAGACGCAGAAUCAGGCGAUAGUGUGAAAAAUGUUGAGCAUGUAAAACGACUACCAAGUGCUGAAGUACCAGAUCUGAUGAGUCCUAACGCAGCACCUGCUCAAACUGUUAAUGUGCCUAGAAAUAAUAUCAAACUGAGACUGAAAUAAAACCUACCUCUAACAGAACAAAGGUCAAUAUGUAGGACACAUUGUUAAAACCAGAGGUACUCACAAAAUAUGAGUGUUCCAGCAAAAAACAGACAGGGUCAGAUAUUUUUACGAAUCAGGAAAAUCUUAAACAGCAGGUGGCUAUAUGUGGAAAAUCAUCAAGCUUUCUAUUCAACUCAUUGUUAAACACCAAGUUUGUGACUUUCCAAUUACUCUUGUGGCAAGGUUAUUUCUCAAAUUGAUGAGUAGAACACAAGGAAAUUUAUGAAAUCCAUAAAAAUGUGCAAAUUGAUUUGAUUUUGAAAUCUUGAAGUUCAAUUGAAUGUUUUUAUGCGUCAUUCAAGUUUAGUUUUGAUAUAAAAGAAUUUGCGUUAGAAGCAAUUUGAUGUGUAUGUAAAUGUAAAAUAGAACCAGAGUUGUGGUUUCUGUCCUGUCACAAGCUCAACAUCUCUCGUUCUAAGAAAAAGAGAUUCGUGAAUUUAAAGUCUACUUAUUUCUAUUUUUUUAUACUUAGUAGCAAAAUAGAUUUUUUUUAUUAUAACCAAGGAGCUGUUCAAUUUUGUAGUCAACAACAUUAAAUUAAGGAAAAUAAUUAAAUGUUUUGCAGAAAUCUUCCAUUAUAAACACCAAAUAUACAGAGUUGAAAACAGAAUUUCUAUUUCUGACAUUUGCUAUCAAAAUGUCAUUAUUGCUUUUAAGUAAACAAACUACAUAUGGUAGAACUUUUAACUUUAAACUUUAUGUGGCUGCUUUGGUUUUGGGAAGGUAGAGUGGUUGUUGACAUCUUCCUGUACAUAUCAGUUCAUACUUUAGUUAUUAAGGAAGGGGUUUGGGCAAAGAAAUCGAAGAGGAACUCAAGCUACCAAUAUGUGCAAAGUUUACUAGUUGAGGUUGGUGGUUAAUAGUUUAUCCAAGGAGCUCCAUUUGGCUCAAGCGAGACAGAUUAUCAGUUACUAUUCAAAGGUCAAUUGUAAAAGGUUUAUCCUGGGCACAUCAGUUUCCUCCCAUAUAAACAUUUCUACAAAAUACCAUUAAUGAAAUACUUAUAGAGCAAUGUCACUAUCUAUUGUUUAAAUGGAGUGGUACUAUGAUGUAAAUGUCAAAUAAAAAUAUAAAGUCCAACAUAUUUUUGAAUUUAUUUUAGUACACUUACAAUUUCUAGAAUUUAACAUUAUGAAUUGAAACUUCAUGGUGUUUUUUUUUCGACUGGAUUUUGAUGAGAAACUAUCGUACUUUAACUUUAUUAAUUUGUGUAAACUUUGCAACAUGCACAAAUUUCAUAGGAAAAAGGCAGUUCUUUGUGACAGUUUUGGUUAUUUAGUAAUGAAGUAUAAAGGGCUGCGAUAACCCACAUAGUUUGUAAUUUGUAAUAGACAAUCAAUUACCACGGAGUUGAUACUGUCCUUGAGAGUUACAACCCACUAGCGUGUCAUUCUGUAAUUGCAUGAUUCAAAGUACAUUUUUGUCUGUAAAUUUUCAUUUUAUAAUAAUAAUAGGCUAAGAUUGCAGCUACAUUAGGCAAAUUUGACCUGAAAUGACCUGAGGAUAUUCUAUUAAGACCAAUUUGAUUAAAAUAAAGAUCCUGUGUUCAUGCUUUGCUAACGAGCAUCUGACAAUACUCAUUUCUACUUUCUGUUCUAAUGACCUUUCCGGAUCCUCUGUUUUUUUAUGCCCCUGCCAAAGCGGAGGGGGCAUUAAGUUUUACCCUUGUCCGUACGUCCCAAAAUUGGUUUCCGUUCUCUAACUUAAGUUUGCCUCAACCAAAUGUUAUUUGCUAAAUUUUUCAUUUCCGUUCUCUAUCUUUAUCUCAACCAAAUGUUAUGAAACUUAUUCACAAUGCUUAUUACCACAAUACACAGAUCAAGUUUGAAUUUUGGUGGCGUCACUUGUACUGUUCUAGAGUCAUGCCCCUUUACAAAUGGAAAAAUUGCUUAAUUUUUCAUUUUUUUUCUAAAAAUAUCAAUGAUGUCAUUGUUCAAGUAAUUUUUAAAAUUGGAGUUAUCUUCCUUUGUCCAUGAUUAUACUUUAAUCAACUACAAUCAAUGCUUUAUACAAUGCGAUGUUUAAUUUUUCCUUCCACUGAUAAAACACAGAUCAAGUUGAAUUUGGGUAGUGUCACUUUAACCAUUAUUGAGUUAUGCCUUUUAUAAAUCAAAAAAUUGCAAAAGUUUUAGUUUCUGUUUUGUAACUUAAGUUUGCCCCAACCAAACAUGAAACCUAUACACAAUACUUAUUACCACAAAACUAAGAUCAAGUACAAAUUUGGGUAGCAUCACUUUUAUUGUUCUUGAGUUAUGUCCCUUUAUAAUGUUGUAUGCAAGCAGGGGCAUCAUCUGUGUCCAUGGGGACACAUUCUCCAUUUAUUUCAUAAUGAUACACCCUUUCAAAAAUUGUAGGCAGGAAUUUCAUUGGCUGAUCUAAUAAUUUGACCUUGGGUGGAUUAACCGGUUUUAUUUAGACCCUUCUGGUUUUAAUGUUCUUCUUCCAUUUAAUUAUUUUUGCUUUCCAAACAUUUGUUCUGGAGAUGCAUGUUCUUGUUUAACUCUAAAUGUAUCUUGAAAUCAUAUUUUAGGGAUGAUUAUUAAAGUACAUGUUUUUAAGUUCAUUUUGAUGUUUGAUAUACAAAUUUUCAAGAUGAUGAAAAAUAUAUUAAAACAGGCUGGAAUUUUAACCUAAAAUGUACACUGGAUUCAUUUAUUUUCGUGGGUACCAAUUUUUGUGGAUUGAGGAAAACUUGCCUUUUUGUAGAUAUUUGAUUUCUUGGUUUUGCCAAAGUCUGCAUAUAACAUUAUAUCAUCAUUUGUUGAACAUUCAAAUUCUUGGUUCAUCUGUACCUAUGAAAUCCAUGAAGAUUGGUAUCCAAUGAAUAAUAAUGAGCCAACAGUAUCUCAUUUCAGUAAACCGACAGAAUUAAAAAAAAAAUCCUUUAACUUUAUAUCCUACAUUUCUCAUUUCAGACCAUUAAUCAAUGUAAAAGACUGUAUGCUCGUGUUUGUUAUAUUAUAUUGAUUGAAUGAUUGAUUGGUGUUUAAUGCCACUUUCAUGUUAUAUUAUAAAUGUAUAUUGAACCUCAUUGAAAAGUGAAUAAAAUGUAGGGAGUGUAAAAAAUCUGUCAUGUUUACACAAAAAAUCUUAUGAGAAUAGUCGGCGGUAAAUGAACAAUUCAGUGUUGUCUGUAUGUUUACUAUCAAUUUUUCACGUAAGAAUUUUUUGUGCUACAGCCUAAUAUAGUUUGAUUAAAACUAGAACGGUUGAUUAGUUUAAAAUGUGUACACACAUUAAUACAUACAUGUAUAAGUUGUAAAAUAACAUUAUUGAAAUAUGUUGCUUUGGUCUUUCAUUAACAGAUUUGUAAUACCCAGGAAUAACACUGUUAAGAUGUGGUACCAGAAGCAAUUUGAACAUUUCAUGAGCUCUUUUGUUUGAAACACUUGUGUAAUUUCUGAGUACUGUGUAUGUAAUGUUCCACAUUAGAUAAACUUAUCAGCCUAUAUUAGGAAUAUUGUUUGAAUUUUCAGCUGAAUUUGAAUUCAGGCUGGAGAUUUUAUUAUUUUCAUACAUUUCAAUAGUCAAACUGAACCUUUAUAAUGUAGAGAAUUAUACCUCCACACUGGAGAAUCUUACAUGUAUUAUUGAGAUUUAUACCUCCACACUGGAGAGUCUCUUAUCUGUAUUAUGGAGAUGUAUACCAACUCACUAGAAAGUCUUGUGUAUGUAUGUUGUGCAGAUGUAUAUAUAUUUCAUUGUUAUAUUUUCUGUAAAGUUAUUUAUAGACUU